UCAGCUGCCGUCGUGUCGGGAUUGGAAUGUUACUGACUAACAAUCGGAACAACUGAGCACUCGGUAAUUGGACACUAGGAUCAAGGAAUCCGGUCUUUUUGAACCUUUUUUCCUCGGCUGUCUGCUCAGUGAGAGGUGAGCGUCUGUUUCCCCCUUCGUAUCGACCGGAGAACUUCGCCCGCUGUGGAGGCUUUGUAUUGUAAAAAAGAAGAAGCAAAGCGCGUAUGAGGCAGUGAGGGGAGGUUGUGAGAAAUAAGAAGAGAAAUGCAGGGAUUCGUCAGGUUACAGUUGCACCGCUGAUCUGUCCCCCCCUGCGCAACGACGCUUCCUUUCCCCCUUUUUUUUUUUUUUUUUUUGCUUUCUCUUCACUACGGGACCAUGGAGUGAUAAAACACGGGGAAUAGGACGACUACAGCUUGAGGCGUCUGGAUCUGGAUCCGGCGCGGCAAGCCACACCGACUGGGAUUUUUGACUCAGCCUGGUCAAUGUGUGACCGAGUUUAACAUCCAAAUCGGGGGUAUACCUUUUCCUUUCUCCGUCUGGGAGAGCCUCGGGGACCCCUGCCGCUGUUCAGCCGGGGGGGAAGAGAGAGUUCCCAGACGGCUGUCGGACAGUUUUUUCCUUUCCAUUUGAAUAGCUCCACACAGACGGGCUGAAUGAGGGCGAGAAGAAGCGCAGGGGAAGCGACACUCGUGUGCAUGUGAUUGUGUCCGAGAGGGUCCGGGCAGAACUGUGCGAUAUGGUGAAACUCUACAGAAGAGGGAGAACGGGAAAAUACUUUUAUUAAAAAAAAGAAAAUCGCCCACAUGCACUGGAUCAAUUGCUGGAUUUGGGAACCGAAUACGCAGAAGGGGGGUUGGGGAUCCGUGGAGGCUGCCGGAGGAUGGAGCGGUGUAGCCGGGGUUGGUGAGAGCCUAACUUCGGGCUACUUUGCAUUUCUUAUUCCUACACGACUCGCCCCUGUUCCCAGGACACAUGCAGGCCAAAAAACGCUACCUGAUCCUGCUCUCCGCCGGUGCAUGUCUGGUGCUUCUCUUCUACCUCGCAGGGGUUCAGCUUCCAGCGGCGAGCAGGAGCCGGCAUGACCGCAGCCGGAACGGAUACCGGCCCGAGCAGCCCUGGCCCCACUUCUCGGACCCUUUACACCUUUUCUUGCCCUGGGACCAGAUGGACACCGAGGAGUACAACCUGCACAUAUCUCCGCGGCAGAAGAGGGACGUCAACACGAGUGUUUACAAAGGCAAGCGGUGCCGCAUGGACUCCUGCUUCGACUUCUCCCAGUGUCAGAAGAACGGAUUCAAAGUUUACGUUUACCCGCAGCAGAAGGGGGAGAAGAUCUCGGAGAGUUAUCAGAAUAUUUUAUCCACCAUCGAGGGGUCCCGGUUUUACACCUCGGACCCGGGGCAGGCUUGUCUGUUCGUCCUGAGCUUGGACACUCUGGACCGGGACCAGCUGUCCCCGCAAUACGUCCACAACCUGAAAACCAAGGUCCAGAACCUGCCCCUGUGGAACGACGGCAGGAACCACCUCAUAUUUAACUUGUACUCGGGGACGUGGCCGGACUACACGGAAGACCUGGGCUUCGACAUCGGCCAGGCGAUGUUGGCCAAAGCCAGCAUCAGCACCGAGAACUUCAGGCCCAACUUCGACGUCUCCAUCCCCCUCUUCUCCAAAGAGCACCCGAGGACCGGGGGAGAGAGGGGCUUCCUCAAGUAUAACUCCAUCCCGCCUUUCAGAAAGUACAUGCUGGUGUUCAAGGGGAAGCGCUACCUGACAGGUAUCGGCUCGGACACCAGGAAUGCCUUACAUCACGUCCACAACGCGGAGGACGUGGUGCUGCUCACCACCUGCAAGCACGGCAAGGACUGGCAGAAGCACAAGGACGCCCGCUGUGACAAGGACAACGCCGAGUAUGACAAGUACGACUACAAGGAGAUGCUCCACAACUCCACCUUCUGUUUGGUGCCCCGCGGCAGAAGACUGGGCUCCUUUCGCUUCCUCGAGGCUCUGCAGGCUGCAUGUGUGCCUGUGAUGCUGAGUAACGGCUGGGAGCUGCCUUUCUCCGAGAUCAUCGACUGGAACACAGCCGCAGUCAUCGGCGACGAGAGGCUCCUGCUGCAGAUUCCCACCACCGUGCGCUCCAUCCACCAGGAUAAGAUCCUGUCCCUCAGACAGCAGACUCAGUUCCUCUGGGAGGCCUACUUCUCCUCUGUGGAAAAGAUUGUGCUGUCCACACUGGAGAUCAUCCAGGACCGAGUGUUGGAGCACAGCUCCAGGAGCAGCCUGAUGUGGAACAGUCACCCUGGGGGGCUCUUUGCCUUGCCGCAGUACUCUGGAUACCUGGGAGACUUCCCCUUCUACUACGCCACGCUGGGUAUUAAGCCGUACCCAAAGUUCACAGCCGUCAUCCAUGCCGUCUCCCCUCUCGUGUCCCAGUCCCAGCCCAUCCUCAAGCUGCUGGUAGCUGUGGCCAAGUCCCAGUACUGUGCGCAGAUCAUCGUCCUGUGGAACUGUGACAAACCUCUCCCUGCCAAACACCGCUGGCCUGCCACCUCAGUGCCCGUCAUCGUCAUCGAGGGGGAGAAUAAGGUGAUGAGCAGUCGUUUCCUGCCCUACGAGACCAUCGUGACCGAUGCCGUCCUCAGCCUGGAUGAAGACACAGUGCUGUCCACCACAGAGGUGGAUUUUGCCUUCACAGUCUGGCAGAGUUUUCCAGAGCGAAUUGUUGGCUACCCCGCUCGCAGCCACUUCUGGGACAGCAACAAGGAGCGUUGGGGUUACACAUCCAAAUGGACCAACGAUUACUCGAUGGUGCUCACUGGGGCCGCCAUCUAUCACAGGUACUACCAUCACCUGUACACCAACUACUUACCCACGAGUCUGAAGAGCAUGGUGGACCAGCUGGCCAACUGUGAGGACAUCCUGAUGAACUUCCUGGUCUCUGCUGUCACCAAGCUGCCGCCCAUCAAGGUCACACAGAAGAAACAGUACAAGGAGACCAUGAUGGGACAGUCCUCGAGGGCGUCUCGCUGGGCCGACCCGGACCACUUUGCCCAGCGGCAGACCUGCAUGAACAAGUUCGCCAGCUGGUUUGGCGCCAUGCCUCUGGUCCACUCCCAGAUGAGACUGGACCCCGUCCUGUUCAAAGACCAGGUCUCCAUCCUCCGCAAGAAAUACAGGGACAUCGAGAGGCUCUGACAGGACCGGCGCCCCCUCGGGGGAGACCCCACGCAGGGGGAGGCGCGAGAGAGAGACUCGGUGGAGAGUAGAAGGACCGCAGCGGGACGGACGGCGGGCGACGCGGCUCUGUCUUCCACUCAGCACAUUGCCAACGACCACAGCACGGGAAACGGAUGAAUAGGAAACAAGCAGAUGGGCGUUUGGAUACGAGAAAAACACACAAACAAAAGCCGCAAACACAGACAAAAGAGGAGUACACAAACUGACGGACAAGCCAAACAGCUCUGUGUGUUUUUUUUUUUUUUCAAAUGUGCAAACAUGCAGCGCUCACUACUGACGACGAGAACUCUUGGAUAGAAUAUUUUUUGUACAACAUCGACGACAUUGACUAUUCCUGCUCUCUCGGCACAUGUGCAGGAUGGUAGAAGAGGGGAGGUGAUUGCAAACCUGGCAACACCACCCACCAUGAAUUGUACCGGUCGACUCUACCCCCCCCCCCCCCUCCCCCCCCCCUCCUCUGCAUCAGGACAUAAUACUGGACUCAUAAGCAAACUCCAGCUGUUACGAGCUGAUUUGAUUUCUGUACAAAUCAGCUCGCCUGGUAUCACUGUUGACCCUUUCUUCUUCUUCUUCUUCUUCUUCUGUGAGAGGUUCUAAAGCAGAGAGUCAUCACUUUAAUGUUUCCACUCUCAAAGGUAGAACAUGUAAACAGCAGAGUCCGACCUGUUCUCACGGAGCCCUGACAAGGUUGGGAUAUCAAAGCAGACAUUAUUUCCUGAGAUUUUAGUAAUCGACACACAUGCUUGAGCCUGAAAACAUCCCGCCGCUCAUUCCUCCAUAUUGCUUUUAUAACGGCCUAUCUGCUUUUUCUGUUAUCACCGUUAGAUAAGUUAGAAAAACAUCUCGUUUCAUAUCCCAUUUUCCCCGCUUGUUGUACUUCUCUCAUCAGUUUUUUUUUCUUCUUCUUCUGCUUUCAUCUUCUUUUAUUUCUCCCCUUCCAACUCUAUGUACUUUCACUCCUCUGUAUGUGUGUGUGAAUGUGUGUGUGUGUGUGUGUGUGUGUGUGUGUACAGAGCCUUGAAAAGUUGGCUCAUCCAACCAUAAGCUCAAGCAGAGUACAUUUUCCCUCCGAUGGAAUGAGCAAAAUGAACAUUUCUGGAUGAAAUGGAGCAGAACGUUGCAUUCUAACCCAAACUCAUUUCGCCCAUUUAUUUUUUUUCCCUUCAAAGUCCUCGGAGCUUUUUUCCCCUUAAACGGGCAAAAUGGAAUCAAAUCUCAGACCAUAGCAGGUCUUUAGUGACCUGUGUUAUUUUACAGGAGUGCUUGUAAAGAGUUUUUUUCAUCAGUGCCAAUGUGACAUCAGGGUCUGCCUUUAAAAGUUGUUUUAUUGCACAUUACGUUGCCUACAUCGCUUUGAGACGCCUAGAUGCUCUCGCGUUUCAAUAUCGAGUCAUCAGUCCAACGCGGGCUCACCCCCGCUGUCGGGUACUUUGUCCCCCUUUUUUUCCGUGACAUAUCAGAGGUCGUUAAAGUGACAGAGGGUUUUCUCCUCCAUUCGUCACUCUAGAGAGAUGCACGUUUUUUUUCUUCCCGCUUCAAUUAGGUGAACCUAUUUCAUUUGGAGUGCUGUUUUUAUUCCCAGGGGACGAGCUGUUGAUGAAACACUCUCACAUUAUGGACCAUUGUGUUGUGAAAGCAGUGACCCACAAACAUGACCUGCUAGCUAAUGCUAGCCUUGGGAGGACACCUUCCCCCCCCCCUUCCCCCCCCCCUCACAUCACAUCAAACCGCCUGACAGUUUGCACCUUAAAUAACGUCGUUUAUAUUGAACAGCCCGGAUCAAAAAAACGCCAUCUCUCCACCCUUAAGUGAUCGUUUCUAAGAGGACACGGCGAGCUGAAACACGGCUGUCAUUAGGGACGGCGUGCAGCGUGCGGGGCCGAGAGCACAGGCGGUCCACUCUCACACUUAGUUUGCAGACACUUGAAUGAAAGCAGCAUGCUUUUAGUGGCCUUUCUGUCGGGCAGACGUUCAGUUUUUAAUGUGUCUGCCGAAAGCUGCUCAGUGUGAGUGUGUUAGUCGACAUCAUCAUCAGCACACGUUCAUCGACUGUUUGACUUUUAUUUUCAUCCGUUUUAAAUGUUUUAUCGACACAUGUUUUAUGUAUUCUAACGUCUUCUCAACAAAGAGUCAUAUUCAAGAAAACUACUGUUUCAUAUCAAAGCUGGUUUUUAUCUUCUUCAUGUUUGUUUGUAUUCUUUUAUUCUGGGACUCAAAGUUUGGAUUUUGUACUGGUUUGCCAGGAGAGAUUUUAUGAUCUGUUUUAAUGUUCACUCGUCUACGGCGCAUGACUCUGGGAAAAAAAUGUGCUCCUCUUCCCGUUUGCAUCUGGUCCCGUGUUUUUCCCCGUACUGUUUCAAUCCAUAUCAAGGUUUUUUUUUUUAAUGUUUGAUCAUUAGAAUCAAUGUUGUUGAUCAUCUCAAUGAGAACCAUGUCCCCCCUGGCUUUGCAAGAUAUUCCACACUAAAAAAGAGACCAUCCAUUCAAGCCCGUGCCACAUCUCAGCACUGUACAUAGAUACACGUAUAUUUAUUUUUAUUGGGAAAAAAAAAGAACAAAAAAGGACUGUGUACGAUUUUGAGAUGACGUGGCGAAGAACAUAAGACUGAUCCUGCAUCGCUGAGGGGAGUUAAUGGUAUUUAUUCAGUUUAUUUUCUACACGCUGUGCACAUUAAUCCACAAAGAUGCCAAUAAACAGCUCAUAUUGUGUUUCACUCUGCAGAGGUUUUCUUGGCCGACGAAUCCCGCUCGAUCUUAAAACAAAAAACUUUGCAACAAAAAAAAAUUGCAUACGGCCGAUGAUUUGGAUUUGGACGCAGCAUCUUUGGCUCUCUGCGGGAGUCAAAUUGCAAAGUCCCAAUGAAAAUCUGCGCCAACCGAAACAUGGAAAAUGAUAAGCAGCUGGGUCCUCUGAAGCAGAUGGAAACAUUUUUCAGACGCUGCUGUGACAUCGUCCCCUCGAGCUCUAAAAGAAUGGCUGAGGCGGUGACACUUUGAGGGGUUUCAAUUGGAUUUUUCUUUUCAGGUCAAGAAUCUUGGCUCUCAAAUCUUCCAGUCGGCGUAGUUUAAAGUUCAUCGGGUCCAGAGCUCGUUUGGGAUUUAGGCCAACCGGGAAAACCUCUGCAUCCGCUUCAAAAUGCCUCUUGUCAUGUCAUGUCAUGUCGUGUGAUCAGGGGGGAACUUUAUGCAAGUUAUCAUUUUGUGCUUCAAAACAGAUGGAUGAAGGUUUACCCAAAAUGUGCCAGGCAGUCGGUGUUUAUAGAAAAAGAGUCUGUUCUUGAUUUUGUGCCUUUUAUCAACAUGUGAGUUCUCGACAUGGCGAGCGCUGUCGUGUUGUUUUCAAGUCAACGGGCGGCGACAGCAACAGUCCUGCUUUCAUACACUGGAUGAGUCACAGCCUCCAUUCUUCUUAGCUUAAAAAGAAAACGCGCCCCCCCCCCAUUUUCAUCCUUGUGUUUUGGACACUGUUGCCAAGGCGACGACGACGACGACGACGUAUGACCACUUCCUGUUUGGGAUUAUUUAUCAGAGAUUGUCUGCAUCACGUCAGCAGUUCCAGUUCUGUCUGUUGAUGUGAAACGGACUCGGGUCGGGCCCAGCUGUCCUGAUGCCUUCUCCUCCCUCCUACCUUGUAAUUAACAGAAGACUUUUAUAGAGGUCACAAAUGAAAUAGAUAAAUGCCAAUUUUGUAAGAAUGAUUUAUAAAAAAAAUAAACUCAUAUUUGAUGAUAA